AUGACGGAAUGCAGCCCAACACCCGAGGAUACUCUCUCUCUCUCUCUAGAUACGACUGACGACUCCGGUCUCGCAGUGGAUCCGCCUUCUAUUGAGUGUUUUCUGUCCUGUUGCUUGCUUCUGGAGCGCAAUGGGGGACUUGGUCGCUUUGGACUGCAAGCCGACGUCAGAGUGGACAGCGUCAAAGGAGUCAAAAGCCAGCCACCAGAAAGCCACCCAGCGUUAGCGGAUGCCAGGGGGGGCAACUAUAUGGCCAGGACUCCGCAAGCUUAUUACUACAAUUCUAUUGCUCUUGUUCUUGUGUCUUCCUGCCUCGUGACACACCCAGCAGCAGCAGCAGCAGCAGCAGCUCCUCACAGCCGAACAGAAGGAAUUGCCGGUCGUCGAACCGAUUGUCGACUCGUCGACCUAGUAUCUACCACUGCGGCGACCAUCAUCAAAAUCAAGAAAAAGAAAUCAAGAAAGAAAAGAUAUCCAAUGUUUGUCGACGGGUUUGGGCCUGUCAUAAUAGUCUUCCAGCCUGGCGCUCCUUUAAGGUCCGCCACCAUGCGGCCCAUAGUCAGCCAGUAUUUGACUCUACUGUGCAAGGUACCCGAGUGGGGGAUCUCAAGAAACUCGGACCCCAAUGAUGGCAAAAGCGGCCACCCGUCGUCCUUGAAGGCCCAGCGCUUCAGGCGGCUGGCAGGGGAAGACAACAUUACUGAGCUGACAUGCAUUAAUAAUAAUAAUAAUGAUGGCAAAUUUCCAAAGGACUCUGGCCUGCUUGUUGUUAUAGGCGAAGGGUUCCUGAAAAGAUGUCAACCCGACAAGCUUCCUGGUGGGCCACAACAAGCAGAAAAGAAGCUCCUGCACUAA